AUGGGUUGUGGAGGAAGCAAAAAUAAUGCCAAUGCAGUGCCACCUAAAGUAACUGAAAAAGAGACUUUUUCAAGCGGAGAUUAUGACAAAGGCAAGCCUAAAAAUGAAGAAAUCCCUGAUGAAGAAGCUGUUGUAUUGACCAAUGCAAAAGUUUUGAAAAAGAAACCUACCGAUUUCAGAGACAACCUUGAAGAACCUAAAGCUCCUGCAAUUAUCUCUAUCAAAAAGGAACCAGUAAUCCCUACAAGAAUCGAAGCAGAAGAGCCAAAAUUUAAAUCUACAACUGUAGAGCCUACAAAUGAAAACAUUCCUAUAAAUAAACCCCUAGCAUUCCAGCCUCCUCCUAAGCCGCCUUCAAAAUUGCCACCGCUUACUGAGAAGCCAAAUUUCCCUAAUAUGAAGCCUGAGUUUGAUUUUGACUUCCUUGAUGAAAAUGAAAAAUCAAAAAGAGGAGGAAUUGAUUCACAGAGGAAAGCGGCUGACAAAGAGGUUAUCGUUGAUCAGUUGUUAGAGGAAUUUAACGAUAUUUAA